AUGGACAGUGGUUCAAGUUCUGGCUUAGAUAGCUCUAGAUGUGUUAGGCGUGAUAAGCCACACAAAGGGCUUUGUUGGUUUGGGACUACAGCUUAUUACAGUUGUGGACAAGAGGGACACAUGGCACGUGAGUAUCCCAAUGUAGCCAGGACGACACAGUCCCAACAAAUGGCUUCUAGUAGUGUGGCUCAGCCAGUAGCUUUAGCAAUAUCUCAGGACAAAAGUUCACUUCCCAUCCCAUUCCCACGUCCUUCUUCACGCGGCACGAUACCUUCAUCUCUCUCAGACCAAAUCCCUAAUCUCAUCCUUCGCCUCUUCAUCUCUUUUCAGUCCCGUAGCCACAGCCACCCACACCAGUCGCCAGUCCCACAGCCACCCACCGGCCACCCAUUGGCCACCCACCCUACCACCCACUCACCAAAGCCAGUCUCUUCUCUCCAUCCUUUGGCCUUUGCCGCUUCAGUUCCGCAGCCACGACCACCCACCCACCCAAUCGCCAGUCCCACAGCGACCCACCAGCCACUCACACUGCCACCCACUCGCCAAAGCCAGAGUCUCUUCUCUCCAUCCUUCGCGUGUCUCUCUCACGGCCAUCGCUCGUGUCUCUCUCUCAUAGCCGUCGCUCGCGAGACUCUUUUCACUUUUACAAUCAUGUGGGAGUCUGAGAGUGAAUCUGUUGUUGGUCGAGAUUAUGGUAAUGGAGUUCUUAGCUCAAGCAAGCAUGGCAUCAAGACCGAUGGGUUUGAGCUCAGGGGCCAGUCAUGGUAUGUUGCAACUGAUAUUCCAAGUGAUCUUUUAGUUCAGAUUGGAGUUGUAUAUUUCCACUUGCAUAAGGUAGUCAUUUUACUUCUCUCAAGCUCCAAAUUCAAACUUCAAUGGCAGAAAAAUUAGUUCUUGAUUUAUAUUGACUACCCAUUUUCUCCAUUUCUGUUAUUGCACAAGUAUCCUCUGCUUUGUCGGUGUGGAAAAAUGAACAGAUUAAUAUAUGAAUCACGCGACCCAGACCUGAGUAAAAUAGCAUUAGAUGAUCUUCCAGGAGGAGCUGAAGGAUUUGAGCUUGUAGCAAAGUUUUGCUAUGGAAUUGCUGUUGAUCUGACAGCAGCCAAUAUCUCUGGCCUUAGAUGUGCAGCAGAGUAUGUAGAAAUGACAGAGGACUUAGAAGAAGGUAAUCUCAUAUUCAAAACUGAAGCUUUUCUUAGUUAUGUGGUGUUAUCAUCAUGGAGGGAUUCUAUAUUAGUGUUGAAAAGCUGUGAGAAGCUCUCACCAUGGGCGGAGAAUCUCUAGAUUGUAAGAAGAUGCAAUGAAUCCAUUGCCUGGAAAGCUUGUGCAAAUUCGAGAGGGAUCAGAUGGGCAUACACUGGAAAACCAUCUAUGAUUGAUUCAAGCCCAAGUAGAAAUCAGUUGGUUUUUUAGGAUGUUUCAAUCCUUAGAAUUGAUCACUUUGUUAGAGUUAUUACAGCAAUUAAGCUGGUGAAGCUCAGUACCAACUCAUUGAUUAAGUAUAUUAGGUUAGAAGUUGUUGAUUAAUUUGGAUUUUAUGAUUAAUUGAUUGGAUUUUAUGAUUAAUUAAAUAUAUUAGAUUUA